CCUGGGGAGUGAUCGGCGAAUGGCCGCCGAUCGUAGCGCCGCCGAUCGUCGCUUGCGUCCGCCCGACUCGGAGCAGAAAGCGUCCCGGAGAACUCGGCACGUCGCCGAAUCCGUCACUCAGUCGCCAAUGAGCCACGGCGGGAGCGCGCGCGCGGUUUCUCGAACCGCCAUAGUCAUGCAGUCAUCGAACCACCGACCUCGCCCUCUCCUGGCGCGAUUAUCGUGGCUGUAACUUUUGAAGACCAUCACUGCCACAUUAUAUUUUCUCUCGGAUUUCCCAUCCAACGUGCUUCAACCUGCGCUUGUUUUACUGUGUGUGCCAUCAUGCCGUGCUGACCCAAGUGCCGAUGGCUCGACAUCUGUGAGUUUUGCUGUGUGACAAUAAGUGGGCGUGCGUGUCCAAGGUGCUUGCUACGGAGAACUGCUGCCUCUUCACCUUUCACAGCUUUAUUCUUCGCCGUGCCAAUAACUUCGACAACAUUGCGCGCAGCUUUAUCUUCACUGUAGUCAUCCCGACAUUCCAUCGUGGGCCUUGUCCUGAGGUUGAUCCAGGACUGUUUUGUUCGGCACGUAGAUACCACUGGCGCGGCUAUAUUUGCUCGUGAGGUACAAUUUCGUCGAUUACUUGGUUCGGCUGGGCGUCAAAGACAUCGCACCCUUUCUCUCAGUAUCUUCACGGCAUCCCCAGCGAGACCGAGGCUAAGCCUACAUCACGUUCCCGAAUUAUGACACAAAUAGGUUGUGACGUGUGAAGUGUUUGGCCGCAUGACGGCUCGGACGUGAGUGUGACGCGAAGUUCGUGACGAGUAGGUGUACUGUGCUCACGACCUGGGGGCGAUCUCUUGCUCGCGUCGUUUCGCAAGCUUGUGACGUCGGCAUAGGCGCUGAGCGCUUGUGCGCGCUUUCGUGGUGAUGGCGUGGACUACGUGAUUGUUUUGUGUGUGUGUGUCUCGCGAGAGGCAGCGAAGGCGUCCAAGCGUGGAUAAAGACAACGCAGUGAAGGACCGUCGGAUAUGGAAGGAAUCUGGAUGGUGGCGACGCUUCUUGCAGCGUCUUGCGUGUCAGCGGCGUCAGCGGGAUUUAUUUUCCCAGCUUCGCAACGCAAGGCGGCAGAUGGACUAUUCGAUGACGAAGGCAUCCCAGAAGAAGCUCUGUACUACGAAACCAUCCAGCCGACGGUAAAGUCGGGGAAAGACAAGCAGCAGUUUGCCCCCAGCCAGGGUUCGUUCUACGAAACCAUCAAGCGAGCGGGAAAAUCCGGCAAAGACAGGCAGCACUUCAUUCACACACUCUUCAUGAAGCCUGCGCCGACGCUGCCACCGCCGCUGUGGAGACCACCACACCACAGGGAUGCGGUAUUGCUGCCCUACAUUCCUCUUAUGGGAGGGUACAACCGCGGUCACGCCCCCUGGAGACAACCGGGAGCUCUGAGCCGAGGAUUUCCGCCUCAGCAGGGAGUGGAACCACUGAGUGGACUGUACGACGGCAAUACUCUCAAUGACGAGCCUGACACAAUCAAUUCUAACGUGCCGCCGUUGUGGCCAGAUCCGAACAGGGUUCACCCGAUGUCCGGUAGCUUCGAAUGGCCCUUGCCACACUUCAGCCGGCUGCACUGGACGCCAGUACUGACCAACCUUUGGGACUCUCACCCUAGUUCCGGCACGGGCCACGUGGACAGGCCGGUCGUCAUCAAACCCAAGCCUGUAACAAAGUCGACGCGCAGACCAGAAGCCGGGACUGGAGAGGAGCCCGAACCCAAGUUUGUAGAAACAAUCCUCACGCACCCUACGGAAAACCCCAUUGAACACCCUACAGAAUGGACUGUGGACGUCCCCUUCGAGUGGCCGCUACACAAGCCUGGUACAGAGACGACUGUGGAGCCUGAAGACAAGCCACAGGUGGGGCCCGUCCCGGAGCCGCAUGAUAACAGCGCAGUAGGAUUCGCGACGGAGGAGGUGGGCGAUAACGAACCAUCAAGCGGUUCCGUUCCAUCGGUCGGGUCAGGGCAACCCGAAAGCGCUAACGUUCUACCUGUGUCUUCGGGCUCGGUCAUCAGCACCUUCAAAUUUCCUGGGCCACCCUCCGAAGAGGCGACGGGCUCGAAGACUGAACGUGAAGGAACCGCGCUACCUCAAUCAGUACCGGGAGAACACACGCACGCUCCUGGUAACAAAGAAAAAACCUCUGCACCCAAGACGACAAAAAAGAGUCAUCAUCAUCAUCCGCCUCCCGUAACCGCUUCCCGCCCGCACCCUGAGAAGGAAAUGUCCGAUACCGAAGUAAUGAAAGCAUUCAACUUCAACCCUCCCGGCUUGAUCAUGGAAAUGGCAGUCUUCUACGACGCUGACAGCGAAAGGUCGUUCAUAGAAGCACUCGGCUCCACGAGCAGCCUUGAGGAUGCCAUUAAGACCAUCAUUUCACAGGUGCAGGUCUUCUACAAGUCACCUUGGCUGAAAACUCCUCUACACAUCAUCAUCACUGAACUUAGGUUGCUUGAAGUAGGAGCGAACCAGCAACUGGAGUCGGACGAGGCUGACAAGUUGCUCAAGGGUUUUAGCAACUUCACUGCAAGAACUAACGCGCACGACGACCAGCCGGGACACUGGGACGUGGCACUGCUGCUCACUGGGAAGGACAUGCACGCGGCGAGAGAUGGGAAGAAAGAUACAAGCGUUUUAGGAAAGGCCUACUUAGGUGGCGUCUGCACCCGGGAUUAUGCCAACGUCGUUGUGGAGUUUGGAUCGACCAAUCCGAAGCGAAGGCCGAUGACCACAUUCGGCCUGCAGACGAGCGAUGUGGCCGCUCACGAACUGGCACACAGCCUGGGCGUCCACCACGACGGUCCGCCGGAAAACGACGACUGCUCGCUGGACCGCUACCUGAUGGGUCCGUGGCGAACCUCCAACACGACCACCUGGUGGUCCCCGUGCAGUCUCCAGGUGCUCACCAAGCUGCACGAGAACGUCAAACUGACAUGCCUCAGGAAGGCACCCUCUGUUAAAAGACUGCGGCAAGUGCUGCAUUGGAACUCGUGGCGCAGCUCGCAUCCUCCUGGCCAGCAGUGGGACGCCGACGCGCAGUGCCGUGUCUUCCUCAAGAGCGAGGCCGCGAGGUGCAGCAUCAAGCCUGAGAAUAUGAGUGCGGUAUGCCGUGCCUUACAAUGCAAGAGCCCGGAAAGAAUUGGCCUGUUUGGAGCCGGACAUGCAUUGGAGGGAACCUACUGUGGAGAUAACAAUUGGUGUCAGGGCACCAAGUGUGUGCCGUUCCCCAAGUCCAUGCCCGUGGUGCCCGGUGGCUGGAGUGACUGGGAAACGGUGACCGAGUGCAGCCAGCCGUGCCUCCAGCACAGCGUGGCGCUGAUGCGCAUGAAGAGGGCGUGCACCGAUCCACGACGGCAGAACACGUUGGAAGGCUGCGAGGGAGACAGCAUUAAACUAAGGCCCUGCGACAUCACCGCCAACAAGAACGCUCCGAAGUGCACGCAGCCGAAAACCAACCAGCAGUACAUAGACGAAAAAUGCGCUCUCUUCGCUCGCUCCAAGCCUGAACUGAAGCCGAAGGGCACUCAGGUGCCGUACAGCGAAGCCCAGUCGUGGCGCGCCUGCGCCAUUCACUGUGGCUACAAGGGUGACGCGUACAUCGCGGCCAAGUUCUUCCUCAACGAGCAGACGAACGAGACGGGCGUGCUGCCGGACGGCACCCGCUGCCACUUCGACAAGUCCAAGGGGGCCGCCUACUACUGCCAGCAGGGGCAGUGCGUCACGCUCCUCAGGAGCCUCGCCGGCAUUGAGGACAGCGUGGCCGGACAGGUCCUCGAGGUUGAAGACUCGGACUGGGCGCCGGACACCGAGGGUCGACGAUUGGUCGAGAAGUACCUGGAGUACGUGCCCGGCAAGGAGUUUGCAGUGUUGGACCCGAAGAAAGUGCCCAGAGCGCGAGCUCGCAUCGCUGUGGACGACCUUUAGUCUUUACUGGACUCGGCGUCUUCCGCUCACCUCCCGUUGGUGCGAUUCUGCAACAGUGCAUGCAACAACAGCAGACGUUAGCAGAAGGAAGUAUUUUUCAAAUGUGCAGACGAACACGACGUCUCGGGGACAGUGUUGAAGAGUUCGCGCGAUUCUAAAUGGGAAACAAUAAAGAUGAUCAUCAGUGCAUGCAACAGCAACAGACGGUACCAGGAGGAAGUACUUUGCAAAUGUGCAGACGAACACAACGUCCUGUGCCCAGCAUGUAAGAGAUUGCGCGAUUGCCAAUGCGAACCAAUAAGUAUAAUAUUCUUGUCUCUUACACAGAGUCAAAUCCCCAAAUCUUUUCGAUCGAUUUCAAGAAUAUCACUGUAAUGGCCUUAAGAAUGACUUGGGCAGGCUGGUUGACACCCUAAGUUGAAAAAAAGAGCGCGAGACCACUAAGCACAAGAGAGGAAAUGUAGAACGGGAUGCGAAGUAAUUACGCAGUUACGUCAGUGUUUGAAUAUCAGUUCACUAUAACUGCUUUACUAGAUACGUUCCUUGUUUAUUAAAACGUCAUUUGGUAUUCA